AUGGCUGACAGGAACCAGCCAUCUGCAUCGCAUUCACUCGACUUUCAACACUUGUUGAAUACUCAAGGCGCUUCCAUCUCAGCAGAUGGAAGUGGUGGUGAUGGCGACUCAUUGCAUGAAACCAGUGGAAUUGUUUUCCCUCACCAGGAAGAGUCUGUGACCCAGAUCGCCGUUGAUAUAGGCGGCAGUCUGGCUAAAGUCGUUUGGUUCUCAAAGUCAAAAGACACUGUUGGUGGUCGUUUGAACUUUUGCAAGUUCGAGACGGUUCAUAUUGAUCAAUGCAUUGAUUUUAUCGACACUCUCUUGAAUGAAUGUCCUGUUCAUAGUCGAGUCAUUCAAGCUACAGGCGGUGGUGCUCAUAAAUAUGAGGAUUUGUUUUUAACUAAAUUCGGAAUCCAGAUUCAAAAGGAAGACGAAAUGGAAUGUUUAAUCACCGGGCUCAACUUUCUUGUUCGUCAAAUUGCGUACGAGGUGUUCACAUACGAUGAACGUCGCCCUGAGCCUAUCCAAUUUGAUAACCAUCGUGCCAGUGAACUAUUUCCUUACCUUUUGGUAAACAUUGGAUCGGGUGUUUCCAUCAUUAAAGUUACAAGCGAAGAAUCGUAUGAGCGAAUCAGUGGUACAUCGCUUGGUGGAGGAACGCUAUGGGGUCUUCUUUCCCUUUUAACCGAAGCUAAAGACUACGACAAAAUGCUUGAAAUGUCAAAAAAGGGUGAUAACAAAAAUGUGGACAUGCUUGUUGGCGAUAUUUAUGGAGGCGAUUACUCUAAAAUCGGACUAAAAGGAACAACUAUCGCGUCUUCUUUUGGAAAGGUGUUUAAAACGCCUGCCGAAGAAAGAAAAGGAAAGUUUAAAGAGGAAGAUAUUGCAAUUUCUUUGCUAUACCUUGUCAGCAACAAUGUUGGGCAAAUCGCAUAUCUUAAUGCUCAAUCCCAUGGAAUCCAAAGAAUCUACUUUAGUGGCUUUUUCAUUCGAGGUCAUCCCAUCACAAUGAACACUCUCAGUUAUGCCAUUUCGUUCUGGUCCAAGGGCAAGAUCAAAGCUCUUUUUUUAAGACAUGAAGGUUAUCUUGGGGCUGUUGGUGCAUUUCUUCGCCAUACUCCCAGCAAAACAAAACUUUCUUCUUUUACAGAAAACUUUAGUCAGAUUCAGAAAAUUUCGGGCUCUAGUUUGAGUGCCUUUGGCGCACUCGAGGAAUAUCCAUCAGAUCUUUGUCAAUUUCCUUUGCUUGCCGAUCCAAUAGCCUAUGUUCCAGAUACAUCAAACCUUCACGAACUCAAGCUGCAGUCUUAUUGGAUCGAUAUAGUGGAUAUCAAUCUUGAGCAUCUUGUGGAUAUCGCUCUCAAGUGGGAUGUUCAGUCCAAAGAAGCUGUUUCGGGUCGAGCAAAAACAUUUGUAAAAAUGUACCGUGAGCAUUUAAAAUUGCUGCGUAAAGAACCUAAUGCUUACGGAGUGUUGACUGUUCGUAGUCUUUUAAAUCUACGCGAACAAUGCUUGCGCGAAAUGGGCUUUUCUGACAUUUUCCAUGGUAUCAAGCAGAAUGAAAACAACGCUGCACUUGAAGGACUACCCAUACUUCUUGCUAAAACAGAUUCAUUACCAGAGAAUCAGCGUUUAGAUGUUAUCUUAGAUAAUAUACUUGCAGGGAACAUGUUUGAUUGGGGUGCAAUCGCCAUUCAAGAGAUGCUUGAACGCGGCGAACUAGACUUUAAAGCUGCCAAGGAUCGAGUCGCUCGCCCAGCCAGAUUGAACAAUUAUACAGAGUUCAAAAAAAAAGUAGAAAGCGCUAAUGGAUAUGAAAAGGCUAUUAUUUUUGUGGACAACUCUGGUGCAGAUAUUGUGUUUGGUAUUAUUCCAUUUGCUAGGUAUUUAGUGUCCAAGGGAACCGUUGUUAUUCUUGGUGCAAACACCCAUCCUGCUGUCAAUGACAUUACGGCUACAGAACUGGAAGCCCUUGUUAUCAAAAUCAGCCGAAUUGAUCCUAUUAUACGGGAUGCGUGGACGACAGGGAGAAUUCAAGUUUUUGGAACAGGUAGCUGCUCACCAUGUCUUGACCUCAUGCGUGUAAGCAAAGAUCUAUCUUCUUUUGCUGCGGAUGCCGAUUUGGUUGUGAUUGAAGGAAUGGGUCGAGCAAUUCACACCAACUAUUUUGCCAAGUUUACUGUGGAUUCGCUCAAGAUUGCAGUGUUCAAGAAUCCACAAAUUGCAUCUGAACUUGGAGCCAAAAUGUACGAUGGCAUGUGUUUGUUUGAAAAAGCUUGAUUUUGAUUUAUACUGUUGGUCUUGUUGUAUAUCGAAAAUCACAAUUGACAAGAAUCUUACAGUGGAAUAAAGUGCUGAUUCAGCUAUUUCAUGUUUG